ACCGUCUGCCCUAAUUACUCUCGCAUACGUUUCUCUAAGGAUAUCUGAUAGGGUUACACUAGACCUAUGAGAAAAGAUAAGAAUAGGGAUAAGAGGGAUAUAGAGAGAAAUAGAUAGAUAGAAGUACGCUGUACACAAGAAAGAGUGUUGUGCCUUCUGAAAAUCAAAACAGGAAGAAACAGGGCCUUCUUUGCACCUGGUAUUUGUUGAAUCAAAGAGCCACAAAUUCACGUUUUGAAGUGAUUACACUACCAAACCAAAGGUACACCUUUAGUUUUUGAUCCAGAAAUCGUGCGAACUGCAAGAAGAUUGAAGAAAUAAGAAACAAGAAAGAAACAAUCAGUUGGUUUCUUUGGUUCAUCAUCUUCCAUACACUCAGAAGCCUCCACACCACAAGGCACUCCCUUGUGGAACGAAUCACAUUCGAUUUGUCCAAAAGUACCCCCAUCAUCCCCUCAAAACAGCCCAUAUAAAACUUAUUCCCCACCCUCUUCCAUUAAAACUAAAAUCAUAAUCUUCAGAAACCGAAUCUAAAGACUUAGUUAUGAGUGGAGACGAAGCAGAAAAGACCCUUAGAGAGUGGUCCACUCAAGAGGUCAACCAACAGCCCCUUUGCAUUACGUUUCCAGAAACCCAAAACUUUGAACUUAAAUCUGGGUUGAUUCAUCUUCCUACUUUCAUAGGAUUGGAAAACGAAGACACACAUAAAUUCCUCAAGGAAUUUCAUGUGGUUUGUUCAGGAAUGAAGCCUGAUGCUGUCACAGAAGACCAGAUAAAGUUAAGGGCAUUCCAUUCUGCAAGAGAAUGAUUUUAUGAACUCCCGUCUGGUUCCAUUACCACUUGGACAGAACUCACGAAGCUGUUCUUAGAGAAAUACUUUUUAGAAAAACGAGUCUCAAGUCUUAGAAGAGAAAUCCUUGGCAUCAAACAAGGAAGACGAGAACCUCUACGUACUUAUUAGGAAAGGUUCAAGAAGCUUCUAGUUCGGUGCCCCCAACAUGGGAUCAACGAUUAUCAGCUUUAUAAUUGCUUUUGUGAAGGUCUGACACCCAUGGAGAGGCGUUUGAUAAAUGCUUCUAGUGGUGGUUCCUCGGGUGACAUGACACCAACCGAAAUCAAAGAGCUUAUCGAAAAGCUAGCGAUCGAAUCUAAACAUUAUGGAAAUGAAGACGAGUGGUAUCCAGAUCAACCAAGGGGUGUCAAGGAAGUUAGCAAUGUUCAUCUGGAAGCUCAAAUAUCUGAAUUAACGAAAGUUGUUCUACUCCUAACGAAAGAAAAAGUAGCUGCGAAGAAACAUGUGGUAUUUGCUUGAAGACUGAUCACCCUACUGACAUGUGCCCAAUAUUGCAAGAGAAUACAGUUGCAGUAAAAGUUGUUGGGGGCUACCACCAGAAUUUUUAGAAUAAUUAUCAACAUAAACAACAAUUUCAGCCUCCACCCAGAUUUCAACAACAACGAAAUUUUCAGCAACCGGGUUUUCAGCAGACAAAUUUUCAUCAAAAUUCUCACUUUCAGCCCAACUUUCAGAACUUGAAUUUCCAGAAUCAAAACUUGCAACAUCAACCCAGUAGCUCCAGUGUGGCCUUAGAAGAUAUAGUAAAGAGUCUUGCCAUGAGCACCCAAACAUUCCAAACCGAAACUAGAGCUAGUAUCAAGAAUUUGGAGCAACAGAUGUCUCAACUUGCCACUUCUGUGGGUCGUCUGGAGUCUCAAGGAAAGUUACCAGGGCAUACUGAAAACAAUCCAAAGCAUAAUGUGAGUGCUAUUUUCUUGAAAAACGGGAAAACAUAUGAAGGCCCAAGCUCAUCUGAACCAGAAAACAAAGAUGAAGCAGAGUUUGAAGAGGUUCUGAUAGAAGAAGGAGAUGUGGAAGGGAUAGAAAAAGAAACUGAAGUUGAAGAGUUUAAAGAGGUGUUUGUUGAAGAAGAAUCUGAAAAGCUAGAAGAAAAAGAAACUCCAACACUACCCAAGCCAAUUCUGAAGGAGUACAAGCCAUUACCUCCAUUCCCAUCAAGACCGAAGAGUACGAAGCGCGAAAGAGAUGAUGAAGAUAUUAUGAAAAUUCUUCACAAGGUUGAGGUAAAUAUCUCACUUUUAGAUGUUAUAAAGCACAUCCCUCGCUAUGCUAAAUUUCUGAAAAAUUUAUGUAUUUCUAUGAAAAAAAAAAUGAAAUUUAAUGAAAUCGUGAAAGCUGGCAAAAAUAUAUCAUCUAUUUUUCAAAAAGGUUUGCCUCCAAAGUGCAAGGAUCUGGGGAUUUUCUUAGUUCCUUGUAAAUUAGGGAACCUUGAUUUUUCAAAAGCCAUGCUUGAUUUAGGAGCUUCAGUAAUUGUCCUUCCCUAUUUUGUUUUUGAAAAAUUAAAAAUGGGAACUUUACAAAAGACCAGGACAAUUAUACAGUUGGCUGACCACUCGGCAAUACACCCAAAAGGUGUGUUGGAGGAUGUUCUUGUCCAAGUGGAUAAACUGAUUUUUCCUGCUGAUUUUUACAUUUUGGACAUGGGAAACUUGGACACUUCAGAUACAAACUCUAUUAUUUUGGGAAGACCUUUUAUGAAAACUGCAAAAACAAAAAUUGAUGUUUUUAAUGGCAUGAUUCCAAUUGAGUUUGAUGAGGAAGUGGUUAAAUUUCAAAUUAAUAAUGUUGAUUUUCCUUCUGAAAAUAUUUCUGUCAGUUAUAUGGGUACCAACCGUCCUUUAUUAGAGGGCUGGUGUGAGUUUUCUAAUAUCUAUGUGCAAGAAAAUUUUCAAGACAGGAAUUCAUCUGAUAGUAUAUCCAAAGAGCUGGCAGAAGAUAAGCUUGGGGAGGUGGAAGAGGUUGAGAUGAAAUCUGCUACGGAAGAAGAAUCAAAUAAAAAUCUGAUAAGGAAAAUGUUUUUGGACAAAGAAAAGGUGGGAGAUGUGUUCUCAUAUAUGAAUCUGAAAAGAAGAAAGUUUAAAGAAUCUGAAGGACUUAUCUGAAGACAAUGUAGAUUUUUUCCAGUUUGUUGAGCAAGUUCCAGAUCCACCCAUCUUGCCAUAUUUGAAGGGAUCUGGAGUCACAAGAAAAAGAGUUGAGCUUCAGAGAAGUCCCGACCACACCAGUUCAUAAAUCUGGUUGGGCAAAGUCGAGCCAACGAAUUUAAAAAAGGGCGGCUUUCCGGGAGGCAACCCGAUGUUUAGUUUUUAGUUUUCCUCUUUCAAAAAAGAGAUGGUCGCAGUCCCAAGCAAGUUUGUGGAAAUCAGAGGAUCGACAGAGUUACUGAAAUCUAGAUUUUUCGUCAACAUUCGUCGUCAAAAUCAGAUUUCUGCAAAACUUAUCAGGUACAUUCUUUUCUGGCUGCAAAUUUUUGUUUAAUUUCUUUAUUGAGCUGUUUAUUCCUCUUUAAGCAUUGAGGACAAUGCAUCAUUUUAAGCUUGGGGAUGGGGUUAGUGUAAAAAUUUUGCAUUUUUGUUAAAAAAAUUUAAUUUUUCAGUUUUUCAUUUAAAAUUUUCAAAUUUUAUUUUUAUUUUUACAUUUUAUUCUGUUGCAUGUGCAUAUAAAAAAUUCGAAAAAUCCAAAAAACAAUAUUUUAUUUUCUAUUUUUAUUUUUCUGCAUUCAUAAUAAAAAACCUAAAAAGAUUUUAUUUCUAGUUAUUUUUAUUUUUAUUUUAUGCAUUCCAAAAAAAAUCUUGAAAAUCUUUAAUUUUUUUUACAUGAGAUGAGGAUAUUAUUUACAUUCGAUAGCUCGGUUAAUAUGAAGUGUGAUAGUUACCGAAAAUAAUGGUCUCAUUACAAUCAAUUUUAAGAAUUGUCUUUUCAAGUACUUUAAAUGUUUUCAAUAUGAAUCAACAUAAUAGUCGGAUAACUUUUACAAUAAAAGUGUGGGAUGGAAAAACGAACAGUGUUUUGAAAAUAAUUUCCUUGAAUGCCUUAAAAAGAACCUAGAUUGGAUAACCCUAAUCAUUCCUUGAAGUACUGAACCCUAUAGUCUCCGCGCCUUUUGAGGUUGGGAGGGAACUCUUGUUAUACCCACAAUUUAUUAUCAUUUUUGAAAUAUUGAAGAUAUGAUGUGCC